AUGCUUAGCCCAAUGAGCCACCCAGGUGCCCCCUCUUUUUUUUUUUUUUUUUAAAUGAGAGAGACUUAAGCAUGUUAAAUACUGCUAGGAAGGAGCCCGUGGAAACACAUAGAGGAAAAGGUGGGAAUGAAGGGCUCAACCGCCUGUCCUUCCUCCAUUUAAGAAGUAUUAUCAAGCACUUGCCCCAUGCCGGGCAUUUUGAGAAGGGCUGACAAGGUCCUUGCUUUUAUGGAACUUACUUUCUAGGGAGGGGGGUAAGGAAUAGGUAAACAAGAUAAUUUCAGCUAAUGUCAAGUGCUGUGCAGAAAUAAAAUGGGGUAAAGUGCUAAUGGAGGGGUGCAACUUGAGAAAGGAUGUAGCAAGGUUUAGGGUAUUGUAAGGGGUGUGGAUGCCAGAUGGCCUGGGAGAGCUGAGCCAUCAGGGGACAGCCAGGGUUCAGCAAGGGAGGCCUUGGUAUGGGGGAAGGAAAUGGUCCAAAAAGAGGAGGAAGGACCUGGGGAGUUUGCCAAUGAGGGGGGCUAGUUCCAGGGACCCGUUGAUGAGGACACAGAGUAUUAGAAGGUGGAUGACCUUGGGGUUUCCCUUUGGGUCGUGACCAACAGGUCAAUCGCCAACUCCACAUCUGGCCCUCGGCAACCCUCAGGUGCUCAGACUCAACAUUACCGACCACAAACAUCUCCUUUCCACCAAUUCUGCUUCCAACGUCCCCAUCUCAAGGGUGGAACCAUCACUCUCCUGGUCCCCAUCCUCAGUUGGGACGGGUUGCUCCUCUCUCCCCUCUGAGACAGGACAGGGCCAGAAGAUCCAGCAAGAGCCAGAGGGCCCCCAAACCAGUCCCUCCUGCUCUGCUGCCCCAUAUCUUCCCAUCGUUUCUGCUCCUCCAGGAAGCCACUCGCACCACCUCACCUCCCCAGCCUCGUACUCUUCUCCACUGCUCCCCCUGCCUAUAGGGAGCUCCUGGAACAAUGAGAAUGGGAGAUGAGUCUGGAAGGGAGAACCAAUCAACUGGGGAGGCUGGAAUCCCAGGAUCACGAAUGUGGCCUUGUGUUACAGUUGAAUGAGAGCCCAGCAAGGGUAACAGAGGUAGGGGUGAGAGCUCUGCCUGCCUGCCUCAGUCCUCACUUCCUGGUAUCAUCUCCCCUGGGGCUGAUGGCUUCAGAACCCUGCCCGCUCCCCCCAGGGUCCCUGCUUUCUUCUCUGCCUGGGCCCCAGACGCCCUCCAGAGUGAACCUGUUCAGUCCACCUCUAUAUAGCCUGUGAACCGUGUUCAGGGGUUUGGCAAUUCCCCUGGAAGAAAUGGGAAACCCCAGGGACAUCUCCAUUAGGAACUGCCACGGGUCAGACCGGGGUUCUGGUGGGGUGUUUGAGGAGCGGGAUGAGGGAGAAGGAGGUCCGAUCAGAGCCUGGUCAUCUGCCCACCUGCAGGCUUGGGCUCCUCUCCAGGCUUGUCUCUGACCAAGCCUCUUCCUCUGCAUUGCCUGAAGCACGAGGGCUUUUGUCCCCAGGAAGUCCAGGUAGGGAUAGAACUAGGUGGGAGGAGUUUGGAUUCUACCCUGUGCAGGGUCAUGUGGCUUCUGCCCUUUGAUGUGCCAGCUGCGGGAGGCUGCUCGAGCAUAUAGCUGGCCAACGAGCAGGCAGUGCAUCGAGGAAGCAGUCGCUGUAUCCGCACAGGUUCCCUGAUGCCUGGGGUAGCUUGGCUGCUGGUGCUGCUCCUGCUGGCCCUGCUGGGGGCUGCCCUGCUCUGCUGGGGGCAUGCUCCAGCACGGAACAAGAUCCCCAGGGCACAGAAGCGUAGGGUGGUGGCACUGCAGCAGAUGGAGGCCCUGGCACAGCGUCUCCGGCAGCAGGAGCCAUCCCUGGACCCCAGGACCAUCCUGGAGCUGCCCCUUGGAGAGGCUGGCCCAGAAGCUGCAGGACGAAGAGCUCAGUCUGGAAAGCGUCCUCUGUAGCUACUUGGAGGAGGCCCUGAAGGUACAUAAGGAGGUAAACUGCCUGACGGAUUUCCUGGGCGAGUGUGAGGAGCAGCUGCAGGCGUUGAAGAAGCUCAAGAAGGCUGAGAGAGGCCCCCUCUAUGGGGUCCCCGUCAGCCUCAAGGACGUCUAUGACUGCAAGGGCCAUGACUCUACAUGUGGCCUGGCCCAGUUCCCGGAGAAGCCAGCAGCCAAGGACGGGGUCAUUGUGAAAGUGCUCAAGGCUCAGGGAGCUAUUCCCUUCGUUAAGACCAACAUCCCCCAGACACUGUUCAGCUUUCAGUGCAGCAACCCCAUCUAUGGACAGACCCUGAACCCUCUGACCUUAAAGAAGACUCCUGGGGGCUCCUCAGGGGGUGAGGGAGCCAUGUUGGCACAAGGGGGUUCCAUCCUGGGCAUGGGGACUGACACUGCUGGCAGCAUCCGCAUACCAGCCACCUUUUGUGGUAUCUGCGGCUUCCGGACCACAGGAUACCGCCUCAGGUUGGCUCCAGGACCCUUUGACCCUGAUCGCGGUCCUGGGCCCCACCCUCCAAGGCCAGGCAGUGGGGGUCCCCAGAGCAGAAAGGAUGAGCGGAAUCUGCCUCCUUUCUGUUCAGUGACUACCGUGGCUGGCCCCAUGGCCCGGGAUGUGGAGAGCCUGGUGCUGUGUAUGCGAGCCCUGCUAAGUGAAGACAUGCACCGACUGGACCCCACUGUGCCUUUCAUGCCCUUCAGAGAGGAGGUAUACUCCACUAACCAGCCCCUUCGAAUUGGCUACUGUGAAUCAGAUGGCUUCACCCAGCCAACUCCUAGCAUGGCCAGGGCCAUGAGGCUCACCUCCAGGCUGCUCCAGGAGGCAGGACAUCAGGUCAUCCCCUUCUCCAUCCCCCGGAUAGAGUACGCUGUCCAACACCUGUUUGUGGGAGGUGUGUUUGCCGAUGGAGGGGCCACCUUUCUGGAGAAGCUGUACAUUUGUCAGGACGUGGAUGUAGGGCAUGGGAUUGGUGAGGGGGACAUUGUGGACCCUUGUAUAAAGAAAAUGACCAACAUGCUCUGCCUGCCGGAUGCACUCAAGGGUUUCCUGGCCUGUAUCCUGAAGUACACAGAUCCCCGAGUUAGCCAGAAGUUGGAAAAGUUUCAUGGAGUGGGGUGA